GAGAACACAUCAAAACAAAUCAAUUUGAAGUAAUCCACAUUGUUUUGAAUUUGAAUUUUAAUGUUAUUUCAAAGAAUAUAGAGUCUAUAUUCUCUGGUUAUUCAAUAAAAUUAUAAGUUUAUUAAUAUUUUUGUAAAAUCAAAAUGACCAAGACGUAUCCAACAGACUGGGAUAUAAACAAAUAUAAGGAUGAUACAGAACCAGAGCAUCACUGGGAAUUAAGGAAGAUGUUUUUUGAAGCCCAUAAAGGCAAUUUCAGUGAAGACUAUUUAGUUGCUUUGGGAAAGGCUUUUACCAACAUUGAGUUUAUGGGGUGCAUGUAUCCUCAGAAAUUAAUGAUUCGAAUAGCUGAACUUUCUAAAGAUGUUGCAAAAUCUUAUAGAGAGGAAAAGAAAUCAAAGUUGCAACGAACAUUUGUAACUGCUUCUAGCGCGGCUGAAACUAGAAUAAAAAAUAGGAGGCAAGAUCCUGGUCCAGCACAAAGAGGGAGAAGAUAAUUGAAAGACUGUCUGUUAGUGUUAUUACAUAAGCAUUUAUGUUGAGGGUACAUGAAUUAAAAUGAAAAGCUUCAAUGUAAAAUUUUAUUAAAAACAUAUAUACAUAAAUAAAAUAAAUUCUGGAUUCAUUAUAAUUAAUAAUAGUGACAAAAUAAAGUUUGUAUUGCAAUAAAUAAAAUACAUUUUUUAUA